UAGAAAAGUGUCUGUCAGUAGACUGUAACUUUACUGUGUAUGGGACGACACGUGUAGAUCCUCUUAAAGCAUACAAAGAGUCAGUGUAUGACCAGUGGUACCGCGACGUCAGUGUCUCUGGCACUGAGCGGAGUUGGUCGGGGCCAGCAGCAGGAGCAACGUCACUCCCUGACGGCGGCAUCAGAGCAGCACGAGCGGCCAUCCACGCAGCAGCGACUCGGUCGCUCCGGAACUCGGCGGAGGAACACAACGUCGGUCAGCGGUGAGGGUCUCUCUGCUUUUAGGACUGUCUGGACGACGACUUUCCGUGUCUGUGGCUCAGGUAAAUCCUGAAGUCAUUUAAAGGAAGAGAGUUUUAUUCAUUUCAAGUAAACCCAGGAACACAGGUUGAAAACAACACAAGAUGUUGAUUAUCAGCGCAGCAUCCCUCAAAAGGACAUCACCGGCCACUGAGACGGGGAACAGAUGUUUGCAGUGAAGAGGAGCAGACUGGAGAGGAGGGAGUAACAGGUGCUGCGUGCCAAGGUGGAUUUGGAGGUGUUGAGGAGAGCUGAAGAUCAUGGGUAAAUCAAACAGCAAGCUCAAACCAGAGGUGGUGGAGGAGUUGACAAGGAAAACCUACUUUACAGAGAAGGAGGUACAGCAGUGGUACAAAGGUUUCAUUAAAGACUGUCCCAGCGGGCAGCUGGAUGCUGUGGGCUUUCAGAAGAUAUACAAGCAGUUCUUUCCUUUUGGAGAUCCCACAAAGUUCGCCUCUUUUGUCUUCAAUGUAUUUGACGAAAAUAAGGACGGACGCAUCGAGUUCUCUGAGUUCAUCCAGGCCCUUUCUGUGACCUCCCGGGGGACUCUGGAUGAGAAGCUGAGAUGGGCUUUUAAAUUAUAUGACCUUGAUAACGAUGGCUACAUCACCCGAGAUGAGAUGCUGAACAUCGUAGAUGCCAUAUAUCAGAUGGUGGGGAACACUGUGGAGCUGCCAGAAGAGGAAAACACACCAGAAAAGAGAGUGGAUCGUAUUUUUGCAAUGAUGGACAAGAACGCAGAUGGAAAGCUGACUCUGCAGGAGUUUCAGGAGGGUUCAAAGGCAGACCCAUCUAUUGUUCAGGCUUUAUCGCUCUAUGAUGGACUUGUGUAGCAAUGCAAGAUGGAUCCAAUUCAGCAUCCUACUGCGCAUUAUUCACUAAUCCAGCACCAUCACACCUGUAACGGGAGGAUCCACUUCCCUCGAAGACUGCAAAACUUCUGUCGAAUGACCGUACGGCAUCUGUGUAGCUGUUCGUCUACAUUUCCAGUCAGGAUUGUGAACAAAUAUAUCUACUGAUGUUUCUGCAGAAUACAAACAUGACAGCAAAAUCCUACACCAUUUAUCCGUGCUUCUACAGCUAUGUGGUCCCACGUACAAAUUUGAGUAUCAUAGACUGUGUAGGAACAUCUCUACAAGCGCAGUGUUGUGAUUUCCCCAUGGACAGCCCAAGGGACUGAAUCUCUUGUAAGCCAGGACUACACAUGAGCUGCUCAGAGGAACCGUCUGCUGCUUCCUCAUCACAUGGAAAGACUCUAAACCUGGGAGAACCUGGAUAAAUGUGUUACAUAGUGAUGAUUAAAUGAACACUAACUUAAAGUCACAAAGCAGUAUACUGUACAUAAUAUCAUGUAAAUACAAUGGUAAUUUAUUUUCUGCUUUGCUGCAUUUAUGGGAAAGUUUCCCAUAGGUAUGGAAUGAAGUUUUAUUUUUUAUCAAAGGUGUUGAAAUGUAUUGCACUGUAUUUUUCAUUAUUCUUGUGGAGUUGUUUUUUCUCACAUUCAGAGAUUUCCUUUUUCCUGAGAGAACAGGGUUUUUAUUUAACGACAAGUGUUGAAGGAGCGGGGAGUUUUCAAAGGAUUAUUUUACUAUGUUUGCAUCCUUUGUGUUUUCACCUCCUUGUUAGCACGAGCACCCAGUGUCUGCAGCAUUGCACAGCCACAUCCUGAACGACAUGACCAAGCAACACAAGUGUACUCACAGAGCUUACAACUGAAUUGAGGCUCAUUUUGUCUUUUGAAAGCAUUAUACUCCGCCCUCUGCACACAGACACAGUCAACCAUUGAGAGGCACAAACAGAUCCACUCUGGUUGUAAAGCUUUUGUGAGCGCCUUUGUUGUAUUUAUCCACUUUGUGUUUUUUUCCUUGGUGAGGCCAGAGCAUGUGAUGAUGAUGAUGAUGAUGCCUUUCUUCAUUCCUGGACUAUUUUACUUACAGCAUUAAGAUGUUUUAUCAGCUUCACUGAUUUUAUGCCUUAUGCAAAUGAUAAUUUACUGAACGAUAAAUGUCAUUUACAUGUUGAUUAACAGUAUAAGAGCACAGAAUAAAACGCAUUUAAGUGGC